UCAAUAGCAAUAGCAUAAACAUGUCAUACUACCUCUCGGUAGUCGUUUACGGUCCUGGUAAUGAUCCAAACCACCGCUCCCACUGGGCUUUCGCCUUCUAUGCACCUGGCUCCUUAAUCCGCAACCUUCUCCAUGUCACUCUUCUCAACCUCAACAAAUUCGUCUAUGCUUUCGACAAGUGCAAAGGUGUUAAUGUUCACUCUAAAUCAUCCAAAGGUUACUUCACUAUUGCAACCUUGUCGCCAGAGCAGUAUCAACGUGCAGAUCAGAUUAUUAGUCAGGAGCCAGCUCCAAAUAAUAGGAAGGACAGGUGCCAAGAUUAGGUGCAAAAUUGUCUCAUUACACUCAAGGUGGAAGAUAUUGUUCUACUAGGAACAAGC